ACUGAAUUUUGCAUGACCGACGGCACCAGACGUCAUUGUAUUCCGUUCGCUCGGCGUGGCGUGUACUUAUUUAAUAUUAGGCUUUGCACAAGAGUUCGGUAGCUGUGUGUGGUGAAGAAGAUGCUGGUUUGUUAUCGCGAUUGGUGCUGAAUUUGGUAACACUCUUUGGCGAAAUCAACCUCACGCGUUUGAUUCCAGCAGCAGUACUUUGCUGUUUUGCUGUCGACUUGAUUCCUUGUUGUCGAAACGUUUUAUUCGUGAAUUUUGUGUCGAAUCCAUCGAAGUAGCUUAGGCGAUCUUUCUUUUUUUUUCUAACGAUUGUGCCGUGCUUUGGUGUGUAAGUGCAUUCUCGGAUGCCGAGCGGCACAACGGUCAAUUAUCGGAGAAAAGGUGUGCAAGAAUUUCAGCUGAAUGUUUGUGCUGUUCAGUGUUCAGCGUAAUGUGAUUUUAGUUUCUUGUUGCCUGCAAUUGUCAUCGGUGCAUGAGUGAUUAGAGAGCCCCAACAGUGUUAAAACUAAAUGAAUUAUCCGACCAAAUGAAAAACAUCAGGGAAGAAGCAAGAUAAAGCAUAAGAAAAACGUUGAAAAACCAUAGUGUCUGUGUCCGUGGUUGAUUUCGAAGAAAAUUAUGUAAUAAGUUGUUAUAUUUUCACUCUCCCAACAUCUUCUGCAGAGUGAAUUUUCCCUCACAUCGGUCGACAUUGGAUGCGCUCCUGAUUUCUACACUCACAUCACUUCUGGGUGACUGCGUGUGUGUCUUUCGCCGUUCAAAUACAAAAAUAUUCGUCACAUUUUUUGCUCUGAUGGUACGAAAAAGACAAUCUUGAACUGCCUGGUGAAUGGUUCAUUUUUGAAUCAAUGAAGCCCCAAAUGGUGGCUAAUUGGUUUGGACUAUUGUGGAAUGCCAACAACAACAACAGCAGCAUCAGUAGCAGCAGCAGCAACCGGACAAGAAGAGGAAAAGUUUUGAGUGAUUCCGCCACAAGGAAAGGAUCAAACCAAUGUGGUCUGAGAGAAAGUUUAUGAAUCCUCGAAAAAUAGAGCACCCGAGAGAGAGCGUUAAAAACUGAGAGCCCCAAAGCCGUGAGAGCUGUUGGUUGGGAAAUACACACGCGUAUCUCGCGUACAAGAAGGAGGCAGCAGUAGCAGUGAGCGGAAAAUCGACCGAGGAAAAAUAGGACCAGCAUCUUUCUCCUCUGCUCCGUUAAUGGAUUAGAACACAGUGAAAAAACAGAAACACAGUUCCACGCUUACUCAGCUCCAGGUCAGCAGAUACCAAGGAUACUGCGCUUCGGAUACAAACUGCCCAGAAACCAAAAUUAAUCGACCGAUCCGUGUUUUACAUGUGGAAGAGCACCACGAGAGCAACAUCCGAGAGUUGUCCGACAAAUCGAAACAAUAACCGGGGUCAUCGGGCGGUUCCGGUGCGAGCGGUGGCGGCGACGGAAAAAGCUGCGUUUCUCCAAUAGAAAAGACGAUUCGGCAAAUCGAUCAUCCCCCAAAAGAGCAACAAAACCCGUUGGGACAACACAGGAACGGAGAGUGAAAUGCUGUUAUAGUGUCCGCGCAGAGACGGUGGUGCUUCAUCCUGUGGUGUGGUGGUGGUGGUGUUAAUGAUUUGCUAACGAAAAAUACGACCGAGAAAACCGAGAACAAUGGCAGCUAGUUAGAAGUGACCAUUUGUUGUUGUGAGUUGUUGUUCGACGAAGCAACAGCAGCAGCAGCAACAGCGGCGGCAGGAAGGACAACUGCAGUAGCCUCCGCUGGUGUUUGUGCGCGCGCGUGUUUGUGUGUGUGUCUGGGAGCGUGUGCUCGUGCGAGGCGCGAAACACGGGCCACCUUCGAUACGCGCGAUAGCAGCGAAACCCUAGGAUUAACCGAGGAGAAGAGAGCGAGGCGAAAAGGCGGAAGGAGAAUAUUACCAAAAGCCCCACAACAGAAAACUACAUUUGACACUCACUGAAAUAUUAUCACAACUACUAUUACUACUACCACUACUACUGCAUAACGCUAAAAUAGUGUGCGAGAGAGAAGACGAUUAGUUUGUUAAGGAAUUCGUAAACAAGAUUUACUAACGCGCGCCCCCUCACGCUUUAAGAAAAGGAAACACGGAGUUCUUGAACAGAGAAAAAAAAAACAGAUUAUUCAUUAGGUUAAAUCGAGUCUAGCAAAUAAAAUAACUUAGCAAAAAUGGCGACGAUAGACGGGCGACCGGCGCAGUAUCAGAUCACGCUGAAGAAUCUGCGCGAGAUCAUGGAGCACCGGGGCCGGGAAGGGGUGGCGAUGGUGAACGAGUACGGCGGGGUGCACGAGAUCUGCCGGAAGCUGUACACCUCCGCGAACGAUGGUCUGAGCGGCUCGAAAGCGGACAUCGAGCAUCGGCGAGAGACCUUCGGUUCGAAUACGAUUCCCCCCAAACCACCGAAGUCGUUCCUCACGCUGGUGUGGGAAGCGCUUCAGGACGUGACGCUAAUCAUUCUGGAAAUUGCUGCCAUCAUAUCGUUACUGUUAUCGUUCUACCAGCCGGCGGACGAAGAGGAACCCCUCGAGGAGGAAGAGGAGCACUACGCAUGGAUCGAAGGUCUCGCCAUCCUGGUUUCGGUGUUUGUGGUCGUGGUUGUGACGGCCUUCAACGAUUACUCGAAGGAGAAACAGUUCCGAGGGCUGCAGUCACGGAUCGAGGGCGAGCACAAGUUUUCUGUCAUACGAGGCGGCGAUGCGGUUCAGAUAAACAUCGGUGAGAUUGUGGUGGGAGACAUCUGUCAGAUCAAGUACGGUGAUCUGCUGCCGGCCGACGGUAUACUCAUCCAGAGCAAUGAUCUGAAGAUUGACGAAUCCUCGCUGACGGGCGAGUCGGAUCAUGUGAAGAAGAAUGAGUCUACGGAUCCGAUGGUUCUCUCCGGAACUCACGUGAUGGAAGGUAGCGGCAAAAUGGUGGUAACGGCGGUCGGUGUCAACUCGCAAGCUGGUAUCAUUUUCACGCUGCUGGGAGCUGCCGUAGAUGAGCAUGAAGCGGCUGCCAAGCAGAAGAAAAAGGACGCCAAAAAGGCGAAGAAACUGAAAGACGGGGACGAGAUUACCAACAACAGCCACCAUCCGGGACUGAAGUCUCAAGCAACGGUUGAUUCGAUCACUUCGGAUGAUGCGGACGCGAAGGGAGGCGGCGGAGGCGGUGGCGGUAGCCACGGAAAGGAAAAAUCCGUCCUCCAGGCUAAACUCACCAAACUAGCCAUCCAGAUUGGUUACGCUGGUUCCACCAUUGCGGUGCUGACCGUCAUCAUCCUGAUCAUCCAGUUCUGCAUCCAAACCUUUGUCAUCGAACAGAAACCAUGGCGCAACUCGUAUGCCAACAACCUGGUGAAGCAUUUCAUCAUCGGUGUUACCGUGUUGGUUGUGGCCGUGCCCGAAGGUCUCCCGUUGGCGGUCACUCUGUCGCUUGCCUACUCGGUGAAGAAAAUGAUGAAGGACAAUAAUCUUGUGCGACAUUUGGAUGCUUGCGAAACGAUGGGAAAUGCCACUGCCAUCUGUUCGGACAAGACCGGAACGCUGACAACCAACCGAAUGACCGUGGUUCAGUCGUACAUCUGUGAGAAACUGUGCAAAGUUACGCCGAAAUACUCCGACAUACCGCACAUAGUGGGCGAAGCCGUCGUCGAAGGAAUUUCGCUCAAUUCGGCCUAUACGACAUGUUUGAUGCCGGGCGUCAAUCCGGGCGAUCCACUGCAGCAGGUUGGCAACAAAACGGAGUGUGCGCUGCUUGGCUUCGUGCAGGGCUUGGGAAAGAGCUACCAAGCGAUCCGGGAUGUUCAUCCGGAGGAUUCGUUCACACGGGUGUACACCUUUAACUCGGUCCGAAAGAGCAUGAGUACCGUUAUCCCACGUCCGGCCGGUGGCUAUCGCGUGUACAGCAAGGGUGCCUCGGAGAUUGUUCUGAAGAAGUGUUCGUUCAUCUACGGUCAGGAUGGUGUGCUGGAGAAGUUUACCCGGGACAUGCAAGAGCGAUUGCUGCAUCAAGUGAUCGAACCGAUGGCGUGCGACGGCCUGCGAACGAUUUGUAUUGCGUUCCGAGACUUUGUUCCUGGCAAGGCGGAGAUCAAUCAGGUGCACUGCGAGGGGGAACCGAACUGGGACGACGAGGAAAACAUUGUGUGCAAUCUGACGUGCUUGUGUGUCGUUGGUAUCGAAGAUCCUGUCCGGCCGGAGGUACCGGACGCCAUCCGAAAGUGUCAACGGGCGGGAAUUACGGUGCGAAUGGUUACCGGAGACAACAUCAACACGGCGCGGUCGAUCGCCACCAAGUGUGGCAUCAUUCGACCCCAAGAUGACUUCCUGGUUCUCGAGGGUAAGGAGUUCAACCGACGCAUUCGUGACAGCAACGGGGACAUCCAGCAGCACCUGCUGGAUAAGGUAUGGCCGAAGCUGCGAGUGUUGGCCAGAUCGUCGCCUACGGAUAAGUACAACCUGGUGAAAGGUAUUAUUGACAGUAAGGUAACCGACAAUCGGGAGGUGGUGGCCGUAACGGGCGAUGGAACAAACGACGGACCUGCGCUGAAGAAGGCUGACGUUGGAUUCGCUAUGGGAAUUGCCGGCACCGAUGUGGCGAAGGAAGCUUCCGAUAUUAUUCUAACCGAUGACAAUUUCAGCAGUAUCGUGAAAGCCGUUAUGUGGGGCCGCAAUGUGUACGAUUCGAUUGCCAAGUUUUUGCAGUUCCAGCUGACGGUGAAUGUGGUGGCUGUGAUUGUUGCUUUCAUCGGUGCUUGCGCCGUUCAGGAUUCCCCUCUCAAGGCCGUACAAAUGUUGUGGAUGAAUUUGAUCAUGGACACGUUGGCUUCGCUUGCGCUGGCCACCGAAAUGCCAACGGCGGAUCUGUUGUUGCGUAAGCCGUACGGUCGAACGAAACCACUGAUUUCACGCACAAUGAUGAAGAAUAUCCUGGGCCAGGCCGUCUACCAGCUGCUGAUCGUGUUCGGCUUUCUGUUUGUGGGCGACAGAUUCCUCGACAUUGAGUCGGGCCGGGGUCAACCGCUGAAUUCCGAUUCGACACAGCAUUUCACCAUCAUAUUCAACGUAUUUGUAUUUAUGACACUGUUUAAUGAGCUGAACGCUCGCAAAAUUCACGGCCAACGGAACAUUUUCGAAGGUCUGUUCACGAAUCCAAUCUUCUACAGCAUCUGGAUCGUCACGCUGGUGUCGCAAAUCUUCAUCAUCCAGUUCGGUAAGGUGGCGUUCUCAACCAAGGCGCUCAACGUCGAACAGUGGUUGUGGAGCGUGUUCUUUGGCCUGGGUACGCUAAUCUGGGGCCAGGUGGUCACGUCCAUCCCCACCCGCAAGAUGCCCAAGAAGAUGGCCUGGGGCCGUGGCGACGCCGAGUAUGCCGAAGCGAUGCGACUCGGCGAGGAGCGCUACGACUCGAUGGAUAAUGACAAAAAACCCCGUGCAGGCACUGAUUUGAACAGCCGUUUAAUUUGAGUAGCAAAAGACCGAGCGAACUAACGCGUUAGAGUACCGUUGCGAUUGAUUGCUACCUAGCUCUCGAGACCAUCCCACCACUAUAUCUACUACCCCCACCACCGGAAAGGAAUGUGAUUAAUUUGGAUUAACUAAUCUGUAACACGAAUGGAAUAUCGUAACCGUUAGAGCAUUUCCAAUUGUGUGAGAGUUCACACCGUGUUACAAACAAAUUUGCCGAAUUUCUCAGUUGGGAGUGCUCUCAGUAAAUGAUCUGUUGUUGGUUUUGUUUAUUUAUCUAUUUUUUUCUGCAACCGAUGCAACUUUUUAUUUCUCUAUCAUAAUCUGGUACAAUUACCUGAUAAGGAUGUGUCCUCUGUCCGUGUGUGGCGUUUGCUAGCAUUAAUUUUGCCGUUUUGUCGCUUAGUUAGUUUAGAGUGCUUUUCCCGCAAUAGAAAACCCACCGCCCACUCCUCGGAUCGGACUUAUUAAAAUAGCAACAGCAGUAAUAACAACCACCAAACCAACCCCCAAAGAGUCCCGCAGAUUGUCUUUGUUUUCAUUUCAUUUUUUAAGUUUGAUUAAAGAUUAAAGAAAAGCAACAACAACAGCGACAAAAAAAUAUAUAUCGAAGCGAAUCAAAAAAAAAAAAGUGAGAGAAAGUAAAAAAAAAAUUCGGACAGUGAAAUUUGAAGUUUCCUGAUAUUGUACCGUUCUGUGUAACACGUUAUUGUUUUGCCUUGUGUUCUGAUGAUUAUUUAGUUGUUCUGUUUUCUCCAGAAUUAGCCAAAUUUUUGCAUACUCUACAUCUGGUUUUUUAUUGUUUAUCUUUUGUUCAUUUAGCUACAAACACUCACACAUCGACACCUCGGUUUUGUUGAAUAGUCGCUACACUUACCGCCUGAUGAAACUUUGUGUUAACGUCAGUGUUAUCUACUUCUUCUUCUUCUUCUUCCACUUCCUCCCUUCGGUUGCAUUGGAGUACAUAUACUAGUUGAACUAUUUUAGUGUUGAUGAAUAUAUUGUCGUGGAAUUUAUUUUUUCUAAAUUUAUUUUCGGUUUUCCCAUUACUGUACUUACCACUUACCACCACCAGGCAAAUAUUAGUUUUUGUGUAAAGCUCUUGAUAAUUAUAAUUUAAUUGUACAGAAACCCGAACAGUGUUAAGAUGACAAAAAUGAAUAAAAACGAAACUUGUGGUCGUCUGUAAAUACUACCUUCGAAUGGUGUUCACCACAAUUGGCAAUUGUGUUUGGGUGUAUAAUGUGUCUCCACCGGAUUUUUCUUUCAGGUUGGAACUCCUCCGUAACGACAGUCUAUGGAGACGCAGGGUGAUAAUUCGCUGAAGUAUCCUCCUGAUUUAUACUCUUGCAUUGAUUGGGAAAAUUCAAUUUAUUAUCAUUUUAGCGGAGAAGUAUAUACACAAAAUAGCAUAUCGAAAUUGCUCCUGUAUAUACAGGUCACAGUCUCUCUCCCUUGCUCCAAACACAACCGUCUUGUUCUCUACACGAGUUCUCUAGGAACAUCAGAGUCAUUCCAGGAGGAGAUAUUCAAAUUGAAUUAUUUACUAUUAAAGGAAUAAAGGUAAACUUUAGUAAAUAAAUAUCUCGAAUGAACUUGAGACGACUCAUUAUGGUCAAAUGAUCUAACAAAGCAGCGAACAAAGAAGACCCUAGAUUUAGGAGAUUCCUACUUUGUUUCUUGUCAUGUUUUAUUUCCAAUUUUCUUAUACUUCUUCCAUCGAGUUCGAAUAGUUUAUAACGUGAACGUGGCGGCUUUCGUGGCUAUAUUGUUAGCAACACACUUAAUGAGUGUAUCGAAAAGUUGUCUUAAACUACUAAACGUACAUCAAACGUUCAGAAAGUUUCUACAAAUGUGAAUUUUAUUAAAGAAUAUUAAGUUUACAUAGCAAUGAAAAGAUUUAACUCCACUCAUCAAAUUCUGCACAGUAGUCAUUGGGCACUCUCUGGAAGCUGCAGACCAAUUCUUCUUGAACUCUGACAUAUUUUUAGACACUGUACCUUCCAUCUUGAACCUGGCCUUGACAAUUACCCAGUAACGUUCAAUUGGCCGCAGCUGGGGACAGUUAGGUGGGUUGAGGUCUUCUUCGACGAACAUGAUGUUGUUUUCCGAAAACCAUUGUAGAGUUGAUUUGGCAUAAUGUGUAACACCCUUUUCGGUGCACAAAUUGUGCAGAAGUUUCAUUUUAGUUUGCAAAUCAAUUACGAGAACAACUUUUUGACCGCGACUAAAUGACUUGUAUUUCGAUUUUUGACAUGUAAACAAAGCGUGCUCUGAUUACACGACAAAAAAAGGUCACCCGUUUGUGUGUAAUAACGUGUUAAAUGUUUAAGACUACUUUUCGAUACACUGCUUAUCAUGUUGCGAGCUUCGGGUUCGAUUCCCGUUCUCGCCGGGAGAUUUUUUGUCAAAGAUAUUUUCAUCCACCUUGCACCGGUAUACGCUUAUUCUCGAAGUGAGCACAUAGGAUAUAAUUGAGAUGUGUUAUUAGCGUAGAAAUAAUAUUAACCCCUUCCCGUAUUAUUUAAUACGUCACACAUCAAGUGCUUUCACUACUCUGCUGAGCAUUCUAGUGCCUAUUUCAUUCAAGUACAUCACGAGUGGGACUCGAUGUUGUACGGGAAAGGGUUCUUCUUCUUCUUCUUCUUCAAUGACACUAACGUUCCUAGAGGAACUUCACCGUCUCAACGUAGUAUUACUUGCGUCAUUUUUAUUAGUACUUAGUUGAGAUUUCUAUGCCAAAUAACACGCCUUGAAUGCAUUCUGAGUGGCAAGCUCUAGAAUACGCGUGAUCACAGUGCAAGUCGGAGGAAAUUUCUUUGACGAAAAAUUCCCCCGACCAGAACGGGAAUCGAACCCGAACACCCGGCAUGUUAGUUAUGACGCUAACCACUCGGCCACGGGAGCACAACGGGAAAGGGUUAAUGCAGUCGAAAAACGAUAUGAAAAAAUGUAUACUCCAUAUUAUAUUUUAGGCACUUCGUUGUCCAAUCUUAAGGUGACCGUACACUGUUUGUUUGAAAGUCAAUUAUUGGACACUUUUUGACAGAUAAAGUUUGGUUUGAAAUAUGUACAAACACUAUUUUGUUUGCCACUCCUCAACUAUCAACAGUGGCAAACAAUGUCAACAUCGAAUAUGGAAAAAAACUGACUGAAAUAUUGUACCAUGUACCGAUAGGCUCGAAGAACAUAUCGAAAAAAUAUGCAUCCAAUAACUAAUUACAAGGGCAGUCCGAUAAGUACUUAGCCUACAAAAAAAACUAAAUUUUUGGAAAAGUGGCGAUUUAUUUCUCAACAUAGUCUCCUUUUAGCUCGAUACACUUGACCCUGCGAUGCUUCAACUUCUUUAGUCUAUCUGAAAAAUACGUUUUCUCGAGUUCUGUAAGGUAGGCGAGUGACUUUUUCAAGUGUCAAAGUCACACGGGGCCAAAUCUGGAGAACACGGUGGAUGGGACAGCAGUUCGUAGUGCAAUUUGGCCGUGGCGACGGUGGAGGUGUGAGCCGGUACGUUGUCAUAGUGGAAGAGCACUUUUUUUCUUCGCCAAAUGGGGCUGUUUUUUCUGCAAUUCGGCGUCGAAUCGGCCUAAUAAUUCGGCAUAGUAGAUUCAUGUGAUCGUUUUGCCCUUCUCCAGGUAGUCGAUGUAGAUCACACCUUGUGAAUCCCAGAAAACGGUGGCCAUCACCUUUCCGACCGAUAGGACAGUCUUCGCCUUCUUCGGAGCACGUUCGCGGGGUGAAGUCCACUGUUUCGACUGUUCAUUGGUAUCUGGUGUGUACCAGUGGAUCCAUGUUCCGUCGACGGUCACGAAACGACGCAGAAACUCCUUCGGAUUGCUUAAAAAGUCAAACACUGCUCUGAAGUGGUCUCACGGUUGCGCUUGUUGUCUGGAGUGAGCAAACGCGGCACCCAUCGCGCCGACAGCUUUCUCAUGCCCAAAAUUUCAUGCAGGAUAUGACCCACGCGGUCUUUUGAGAUGCCUACUGUUUCAGCUAUCUCGCGUACCUUCAAUUGGCGGUCUGCCAAUACGAGAUCGUGGAUUUUUUCACGUUAUCCUCCGUGGUAGCCGUUUUCGGGACCCCUGGGCGUAGCUCAUCAAAAACCGACGUGCGACCACGUUGAAACUCGUUAAACCAAUGUUUGACGGUCGUCAAGUCACCGUAUGCAACAUCCAAGCGCUCUUUAAUUUCGCUGCGCGAUUUCCCUUCCAAAACAAGAAUCGAAUGACCGACCGAUAUUGCUCUUUUUCCAUUUUUCUAAAACCCGCUUACACACACGGUCAAAACAAAACUAGGAGUCUGAUUCGGCUGAAAUUUUGACAGUAGCCGUUUACGAGAAUGUAUUACACGAUAGUAAUCUCUCCUGUGAUACUGACACCAUCGGGCGAUGAGGCUAAGUACUUAUCGGACCGCCCUCGUAAUUUCGUUUUUCACACAAAAUUUGAUACAGGUUCUUUGAUCCAUUUUUUGGAAUAGGUAAAAAUCGAAGACGAGCCAAAACACGGGCAAACAAAGCAGCUGUCAACAAUUAACUGAGCAUUCAAAAUGGUCGAACUUGUCGGCAUAAGUGAGAGACACGAGUACCAACAUAAAGCCACUAAAUAAUCGAAAUUCGAAUAUACGUAACCCGCAAAAAUUCGAAAUACGUGAUACUUUUUGAACAUACCUCGUAUAUAAUUUACACUGAAAUAAUAUCUUGUUCGUUACCCCUGAAAAUUUGUAGCUAUUCUAGACACUGGUGAUAUUCCAUUAUUUUGCUACAGAUUACUCUUUUCGUUAUUUUUCGGGCAGUUUACGAAUCUUUCAUUCAAAAACUUGUCCUCUUUCCAUUAACGAUUCGAUACCGUUUUUCCACAUCUCAAUAAGACCAUUAAUCGUAAUGAUCGAAGGAAGCAGCGUUUUGAGAACUCGAUGCCAUGGACACUCCGUUUCCGAAUAUGUCUCGACCACAUUCACAAAAAGGAGUCGGGACAGGGUUGCCAAAAUGAAAUAUUCUUUCCAAACAAAGUUUUCAUCCUAAUUUUUCCAAAAAGUCUGCAUUAUCUGUACCUAGUUUUUGGCUAAUUUUUAGUACGAGGGUCGCUCAAAAAAUUAGUUUCAGUGCCUCAGAAAUCGCAGAAAAAUAAAGUUAGGACAAUUUUUUUUCUAUUUUUCUACAUAAUCGCCGUAACGUUCGAGGUAUUUUUCUCGGAAUAGAAAAACUCGUGCCACGAGCGCGGAAUGCGUAGCGUCCAUUUUUUUUUAAGUACGAUGUAACUGCGUCACGAAUUUCUUCAGUGUUAUCGAAUCGUUGACCGCGAGAACGCCUGUUUCAUCACCGUACUAUUGUGAAGUUUUGGACCGAUUAAGAACCGCGAUUAAGAACAAAAGGCCAGGUUUAUUGACGAAAGAAGUGUUCCUCAUCCACGAUAAUGUGCGGCCCCAUUCUGCUCGCGUAACUCCUGCUUACUCCCCAGACCUCGCCCCUAGCGAUUAUCACUUACUCCCGGUGAUGAAACAGGGUUUCGGCGGUCGACAAUUCGAUAACACUGAUGAAAUUCGUGACGCAGUUACAUCGUACUUCAUAAAGUUGGACGCUACGCACUUUGCGUUCGGGAUAGAAAAACUCGUGCCACGUUAUGAAAAAUGCCUCGAACGUUACGGCGAUUAUGUAGAAAAAUAGAAAAUAAAACGUAGAUUACGAAAAUCAUCUAGUUUUUUUUGUCCUAACUUAAUUUUUCCGCGAUUUCUGAGGCACUGAAACUUAUUUUUUGAACGACCCUCGUAUAUUAUUUGUAGUGCACAGAUUAUUGAAUGUGGCGAUACCAGCUGUAUAAAUAUGAAACAGGAUUAUUCCAUUAAAAAUACACGUUUAUUGUUCUGAAAUGGUUGAAAAUAUUUUAUUCAAUUGAAAUCUGCGCAUUUUCCCGUUUGUCAUGCAAUUCGUGAAUACAUCGCCAAAAAAAAUAUUGGUUUUUUGAGCCAAACAUGUCAUCGAGCAAUUUUCUAACAUUUUCAUAACAGUCGAAGCAUAUCUCAGUGAGAGUCAGGUCUGGCGAAUAAGCCGCAUGCAGUAGUUGAUUCUAACUGAGUAACUCAACCGUUUAUCUGGCCGGACUUGUUCGGUGUGACGAGGCCUUGUCAUCAUUAAAAAUUACUUUGUGUUCCGUUUUCUGGCGUUCCGGUCGUUUUUGGAACAGAGUAUGGUUCGAUUCGAUCAAUUGUUUUCGACAGCGUUCCGUUUUGGCAGUUUCAUCGAUGUCCUCGAAAACGGCUAACGGUGAUUUCCAUCGUCCUCGUUCCUCACAUCAAUGUUUCUUUUUCUUUUUAACUUUUGAACCAACCAUAACAUUGUGAAUUGCCGAAAGCUUGUUUGCCACAAGCUCCCACCAGCAAAAAAAAUAAGUGAUGGCCACAGGUCGUAGUUGGUUGGGACAAAAUCCACAUUUCUAAAAUCCAUCAACACAACAGAUGUGGUUGCAUGAAACUUCCUAGAUUUAGAAUUGUCUAUUGAUGACAGAUGGCAAAAAUAUGAAAAUCACUAUCGGUAUGGCUUUUAAUCUUUUACAUUACUAGUAUAAUCUAUGUUUCAUAUUUAUAUCCCUGGAAAAAAUGAGUAAGUGAUGUGUCCAGUAUUUUCAUGCUGUAAAAUCACUCAAUUGUGGGUUUCGUUGUAUUGUAACCAUUAGUCUUUAGAUACUCUGCUUGAACGCAAAGUACAGUCUUGGAGCCGAGAUUAUUCCAUUUUCAGCGUUUGUGAUCUUUCCCAUAUUCCUACGCCAAGUCUGAUUGCAAUCUGAUGAGCACAAAGUAGCAAAUCCCAGCCAAACUGCAUGUUGCCGGGUUUUUUCAAAAUGUGCACAUGUGGACUGAUAUUUGUCCUGGAUCGCUGCUUUUAAAUGCGUGCAGUUUCAAGCAGAACUCUUUGGGAAUCGUCGACUGACUGCUUAUUGGAAGUUCAGCAUACAGAAUUUCUCUCCAAUCUAAUCAGAAAUGAGAUUCUUUGGGGUAAGACUGGCUUUGGGAGUGGUGAUUCGUUUCGCUCACCCAAAUUUUUUUUUCGCUUGAAGAUGAUGAACAAUGAUGGUUGUGAAUGAUUCUUUUUUCAUCAGCAAAAACGGCGUGUUCUCGUUGUGUUUAUGAAGCGAGUCGCAUGUUGUGAUGUGAUCCAUUGAAUGUUUUUCGAUCAAAUUGUGUAGAACUGAUUCAGUGCUGUUCAUCAAUUCGCUAGCUGGGCUUCUUUCCUCUUUGGCUCCACCUGAUACUAUAUGAACACCUUCUCUGCGGGACUGUUUUCUGACAUUCAAAGCAUACAAUCUUUCUGCUCCACAUUAAAAAGCAGACAGGAGAGUCCAUCUCAUUGUCGAUGUCCCCUGUAAACCUCUGACGGUUUCGAUCGAUCAUCUGACGUUCGCCCACUACACCGCACAUCGUUCAUCAUUGCCUGAAUAAGUCUGGUCAGCUUUUUUAGGAAAGCCGCGUUCGUUCAUGUUUCUUUAUAUCUGUCAUAGCAUACCAUGUCGGAAGAGGAUGUGAGAUAAAAUGUUGUACUCUUUGUGCGAUCUUGAACAAUUUCCGCGAUUCUCUGCGGUUAUGCUAGGGCCCGAUUGUCGUGCCUCUAAUUUCUGUGUGAAUUUUCCUAUGUUCACUUUUUUAACAGAUGACUGGCAGGGCUGCACCAAUCCCCCGCACAGUUUUGUUUAGGACCCCACGCCAACACGACCUGAGGAACAUGAGGAACCUAUGUUGUUUCGAGCCACAUCCAUAUAGUAAACAGACGCUCAGAAUGGUUUCUUUCAAUGUGGAGAGCAGCCCCUCUUCUCUGUCAGCAUAAGGCCAUGAUCCAACUGAGGGUUAAAUGGUCAAUCUGCACUGUGAACCUGGUCAAGCCGUUUACUAUGGCUCCAUUUAGAGUGAGGUAAAAUAUUAAUCUACCAAUUGCUAAAAAACGCAGCUAUCUGGUAUUCAAUUCAUAUAUUUUUUUAAAUCUCAGCGGCCUUAGAGAAAACCCUUAGUAAAAAUCUCUUGAGCCUCACAACCUAUAAUCGAGCCUCUCGUGGUAAAUCUAUCGAGUCAAGAUUGAUCAAACCUCGACCGAUCCGACCCGAGGACUGCUUCGUAUAAUUUGCGACUAGUAAGAAAAACAUGAUAAUUUGCCAUUGAAAAUGGCUUGAUUGUUUUUCAAAGUAUUCUCCGUGAUGAUUGAUAUAUUUUAGCAUUCGCUCAACCCAUUCAUUGUGGCAUCCAUGCCACUCUGAAAGUGGUGCCUCCAAAACAUGUGUUUUAAACGCUUCAAUCACAUCUCCUGGCAUCGAGAAUCGUUGACCACGCAAUGUAUUCUUGAUGUUUUUGAUGGGAACGAAAAGAAGUCUUUGGAUGCCAAAUAUGAACUGCUUUAAAUCGAUGAUUUCACCGGUCACGUAGGCGGUUGUUUGAGCCAUGUGUUAGAGCUCGCAUUGUCAUAAUGAAGGAUGAUUCGUCGUUUUGAGUCGUUUUUACUUAUUUGGUCUAAAACCUGUUUCGUAUAAAGAAGGACAUUUCUCAGCAUAGAAAUAACGUACAAAAAGACAAGAAUGCUAUUUUGUAGGUUUUUAAUGAACUUCAAACGAAAAAUACAUACAAAAAUACAAAUUAUUCGUCAGCUGUUCGGAUCAAUUUUCGAGCUUUUCGUGUGAUACAACCCAUCAUUUUCUGCAAAGUAGUGCUGGUAACCGUAUUUGUUAACCUUGUUCCACCACUUUUCCAUUGUAGCUGUUUUUUUAAGGCUCUGCUACAUUUCUUCAGUUUGUCUUUGAUAACUGCCCAAUAUCUUCCGAUGGGACGAAAAUUCGGACAAUUUGGUGGAUUGAUAGUUUUUUCCAUGAAAUCGAUCUUUUUCUUCUUAUACCACUUGACUAUAUCUUGGCUGUUAUGGCAGGAGCAUUGUGGGGUCGAAUGAAGGGACAAAAUCUUGCUCUGAUGACACACCUUCUUGCAAUCUUUUCCAUUCAUUGUGGUACCAGUGAUGAAAACCUAUGUCUUCUCUCCACAGCUACAGAUCCCUUGCCAAAUCGUCAUCUUACGGGCAAAUUUAUCUGCGUAAACGAAUUUGAACCCACCCGCAACACUCCCUAUACGUUUGGCUCUUUACAUGUUUUGUACUUUAUUUCUAGGCCGCGAAAUGUCCUACUGUAUGCGACACUAUUAUAACUGUAACAGGCUUUAAGACUCCUGACAGAAUUGUGCAUUCCACGCUUCUCUAAGGGUAUUCUUGCCACAUGGCGUUUUUUCUGGAAAACAGGCGACCAUUUCUUUGGAAGUGCCCAAAAUGCGACCAACUUUUAUUGGGUAAGGUUAAGUAAGGAAAUACUCACUAAAGGGUGUGUCACAUCACAUUGCAUCACGGAAAAAAACGCUGUAGAAAUUCGCCCAGUAGACCGAUCCUUUUGAAAAUUUUAGACAGUAAAAUAAAAACUAUUAAACAACUUUUGGCAUUUUCUUUUUAUUCAUACUUCGAGCCCAAGCCCGUAUGCUCGCACCUUCCUCUUUACCCCGUCCAUAAGGUUCUGUACAACGUCAGGUUGUAGUUUUUUUUUUUUAACAGAAAUCCAUUUUCUCUUGAAGUCCGCCUCCGAUUUGACAACUUUUGGGUUCUUCCGGAGGGCCUGCUUCAUAAUCGCCCAAUAUUUCUCUAUUGGGCGAUGCUCCGGCGCGUUGGGCGGGUUCAUUUCCUUUGGCACGAAGGUGACCCCGUUGGCUUCGUCCCACUCCAACACGUCCUUUGAAUAGUGGCACGAAGCGAGAUCCGGCCAGAAGAUGGUCGGGCCCUCGUGCUGCUUCAAUAGUGGUAGUAAGCGCUUCUGUAGGCACUCCUUAAGGUAAACCUGCCCGUUUACCGUGCCGGUCAUCAUGAAGGGGGCGCUCCGCUUUCCGCAAGAACAGAUCGCUUGCCACACCAUGUACUUUUUGGCAAACUUGGAUAGUUUCUGCGUGCGAAUCUCCUCCGGAACGCUGAAUUUGUCCUCUGCGGAGAAGAACAACAGGCCCGGCAGCUGACGAAAGUCCGCUGGUGGAUUGGACGAUUCCCAGCAUCUUACCGAUGUCCCGAUGUGACAACUCCGGAUUCUCGAGAUGAGUGCACAGGAUUAAUACACGACGCUCUUUUUUGUUCGACGACAUUUUUCCAAAUUUACGAAAAAUUGACAGUGAAGCGUGGCCAACGUGAUCUAUACACUCUUAUCUGAUUAUAAGCGAAAGCUGUAGAUAUAAUUCCUAAAAAUUAAAUUUCUACAGCGUUUUUUCAGUGAUGCAAUUUGAUUUGACACACCCUUUAUAAUCGACCGUAUAGAGGUCACACAAGGCAUUUGAAUUUCUUCGAAGGUUUUAACAUCAAUUUAUAGGAUCCUUUUCUUGGAGCAAUUGUCAAAUUAUGGAAUCUCACGGUAUAUCACAUGUCGAUCUUGCAUUAUCAGUACCAGGGCCCAAAAUAUUCGAAGGUGAAAAAUGAAGACCGACUCUACUCUCAGUAGCUUCGCUUCGACUAGAACUGCUUCGGCAGUCGCCGUCAACAAUAAGUGAAAUGAAUUGACAAGAAAUUGAAUUGACUAUCGUUGACUAGCGAGGAUGACUGAUGAACUGGUCCUGUCAGUGGUUAUUCUAACUGACGCAACUAAUGAAUACAAAUCUGCCUCUUCAUUCAACUGACUUCAAAAACCACAUUUAACUAAACCCCCCCCCCCACUACGAACGAAAUUGAACGUACGCAAUCUUUUUUUUUCAACUAUAUUUUUACUAUAAGAGGAACGAAAACUCGAUAUCUGAUGCAAAAAAGUAGUUAACCCAUGGACGGUUUAUUGUCUACCAAUCGUGAACUCAAACCAACGAACUUAGACAGUUAUCAGGUAUACCAUAAAGGUCCUCGCGUUAGUAUUAUCAAAUAGCGUGCAAAACUGCACACACACACUGCAUGCUAUUUUAUACGUGUGAGUAAUUUUCGUGUACGAUACAAAAAAAGCUAGCUAACCUGUAGCGAAUGUCAAACCACGUUGAACUCAAACAUCGAUGCAUGCAUUCGUGAUACAUGGGAAAGAGAGGAACAAAUUCGUUUUGGAGGAAGUCACUUCAAAAUGCAAUGAAGACAAUUUGACUGGGACGAAUUAAAUGAGAUAGUCCAGUCGUAGAGGGGGAAAGCGACUAAACGCCCGACUGACUGUUUGGUAGUUUUGGCGGAAAAACUGCCUGAAGAAGCUAAAAGUCAUUUCCAACUGAAUACGGAUAUAGUCAGUCAGAUAGGCAGCUGACUAUCCUCAGUUGACUAUGGCUAUGCCGAGCCCUGAUCAGGACACGCACAGCAUCGAAGUUUUGGACGGUCAGUUUAGUUUUUAACUAGCCACACCAGUGUUAUCAAGUCGCAAGACUCACGGAGCGAACCUCAAAUUUAUUCUAAUUUUCACAUUGAAGAUACGUCACUACUCGAAAAGAACCUCAGUAUAACUAACUAUUGAAGAAAUUAAUUCACGAGCAUUCAGGUUGAGCUAUUACUAGCUUUAUUCCACUUUCCAUUUCUCAAAAUAGAGUUCAUCCCGUUCGAAAAUUAUAGGGUGGCGAAGCUGGUUUGCGCUGUUGAAAAUUAAAUCGUUGGUUGAAUGGUUAAUAACAGUAGCACCUCUUUUCGGUUCAACGAACAACGACGUUGAAAGAGCAUUGUGCCCUAAAUACCAGAGAGCAUCAAUGACAAACCUGCAUUCGUCCUUGUUUAGGGGUUUUCCACGUUUCCAUACACACCCGCAAGUUAUGCAAUAAAUGUGCCCGGUGGUAUCGAAAAUUGAAUCAACGCACGGCUUGGCACUGUCUCGUAGCCGUGUGCCGGUGCCAGCUAAGUCGAAUACCAACACACGAUGUAAUUGUGAUAUCAUUUGCCCGGCGGAAGAAGAAGCCUCUUCUUGAAAAGCAAACGAAGCAAAAUAGGUGUAGGUGUAUAGCUGAUUGCGAGACGAAGUACAGCGGGGGGGACAGAUCGAUUAAAUGCAAUUCGAAAUGCGGUUGACCUGUAUUUGGUUGCCCACUGGCAUCAUAUAUGAACCUCUCGCCGCUAAGCUCUUUGUGUUGUUUUUCUUUUCUCGGUGAUUUUUUUUUUUGCAUUGUGAAUCCUCUGGAUAAAUGAUGGAAGCUCCUGGAUGCUAGCGAAGCUGGCGGGCACAAAAUGGGAUGCUUCUAUUUGCGUAUUGAUUGGCUGAUUUCGCCCCCGCCCCCACGAAAUCCCCGACCAAAGUGGACAUAUUCAUCGAUCGCGCAAAUGCCAUUUUGUACAGAACCCAAUCGUAUGUGGAAACACUCGCGCCAAGUUUCUGACAGUCGAUCUCAACACUGUUCACUACUGUGUAUCGCUAAAUAUUUGUAUAUGAUAGAUUAAAUAAAUGAGACUUUGUUUCGGUUGAAAUAAAAUUGCAUGCGUAUUCUUAUGAAACAAAAAAUAAACUCUAUCCAGCUGUUGUGUUUAUUAUUUAAUCUCUGUGAGAAAAAAGCAACUUUCUAAAUUUAACCACAAAAAAAAAUUCUACCAUCUAUGUUAUAAUUCAAAUUCUUAAAUUCUUAAAUUUACUUUCUUCA